GACUUCAUGUAUUUUCCUCUCAAGCUUCCUGCUGUUCUCUUAAUAAUCGCGUCUUUCUGCGCGCUGAACGACGGGGCAGGAUGCCGUCUGUUGAAUACGACGAUUCCAAGCCCAGCUGGGCCGAUCAGGUUGAGGAGGAAGGCGAUGAAGGAACUCUUCCGUCGCCCAAAGAAACUAUAAAAGGCAACAUUAAAACUGUCACGGAGUACAAGAUUGAUGACGAUGGCAAGAAGAGCAAGAUCAUCCGCACCUUUAAAAUUGAGACAAGAAAAGCUUCCAAGGCUGUGGCCAGGAGAAAGAACUGGAAGAAGUUUGGCAAUUCUGAGUUUGACGCCCCAGGCCCCAAUGUUGCUACCACAACCGUCAGCGAUGACGUCUACAUGACUUUCAUCUCCAGCAAAGAGGAUUUGAACGCGCAGGACCAGGAGGAGGACCCCAUGAACAAGCUGAAGGGGCAGAAGAUCGUGUCCUGCCGCAUCUGCAAGGGAGACCACUGGACCACGCGCUGCCCCUACAAGGACACGCUGGGGCCCAUGCAGAAGGAGCUGGCCGAGCAGCUGGGCCUGUCCACGGGGGACAAGGAGAAGGCCGCAGAGCCCGAGCCGGCGGCGCCUGCGCAGAGCAAGACCGGGAAGUACGUCCCGCCCAGCCUGAGAGACGGGGGCACGCGGAGGGGCGAGUCCAUGCAGCCCAACCGCAGAGCCGAUGACAACGCCACGAUCCGCGUGACCAACCUGUCGGAGGACACGCGCGAGACGGACCUGCAGGAGCUCUUCAGGCCCUUCGGCUCCAUCUCCCGCAUCUACCUGGCCAAGGACAAGAACACGGGCCAGUCCAAGGGCUUUGCCUUCAUCAGUUUCCACCGCCGUGAGGACGCGGCCAGAGCCAUCGCUGGGGUCUCUGGGUUCGGCUAUGAUCACCUGAUCCUCAACGUGGAGUGGGCCAAACCUUCAAACAACUAAUGAAAAUUCCAACUGUAAUAUUCCCAGAAGGGGACAGAAGCAACUUCUCCAAUGAAUGUGUAAUCCGUAUCUUAAUAAAGCUUGUGUUCACAAUC